UACCGAAAUGGGCAGUCGCCCCGCGCGCGCCGCCGUCGACGCACGUCCCUCGCCCCGCGGUCCUGAAAAAACAACAAGUAUCUGUGAAAAAUACUAGCAUUUUGUGUAAAAUUCGCCUUUCACACCUUUACUGUGCACUUCCACGCCACAAGGAGGACUGCCAACGACUUGAGCGGAGUGAUGUGUGCAGUGCAGUGAGUGAACCAUGGCGGUGAACAGCCCCGGGGGUUACCCCCCCGUGUCCCCCAAACCGCACACUCCGAAGAGCCCCCGCCAUUUUGUCUUCCCGCAAAAGAGUCCUUCUAUUACCUCUUCCACGUCGUCUUCCGGGUAUUACACCCCGCAGUCGGGCUGUAGCUACGACAAACACAACCAGCCGCCGCCCAAGUCUCCCCUCGCCCACGGCCACCGCAGCCCUAUGAGCCCCAGACACUUCAACUUCCCCCAGAAGUCGCCGUCAGGGCGCUCCAGUCCUUCUAACUUCGACCGCUCCUACCAGGAGAGAGCGAGCUAUGGGUUGCACUACUCGGCGUCUCUGAAGCACAGUCGCAGAGAGAAGUCCCGCUCGCCCAAGCCGCCGCCCGUGCAUAUACACACCAACCCCGGCUACGUGUCUCCUAACCGGUCAAGGAAGGUGUACGGGUCCACGUCAACUGUAAGCUCUCCGCGCCUCGUGACGUCACCGAGUGUUGUGUCGAGCCAUACCGGGGACUCCGACGUGCCGGGCACGCCCUCCGCCAUACUGGACGACGCUGAUGAUGAAGCCACCACCAGCAGCACGCGCACGUCACGUGUCUGUAGAAAAUCCACGUCAGAUUUAACGGAUAUGACGGAUGAGACGCCACAGACGCGCUCGACCAGCAUAAGCCGGCCCUGCUCGCCGAUGCGGCGUGGCUCCGUCAAGGGUCUGGCGUACCUGGCCAGCCGCCGCGGCUCCCGGGAGUCCACCAUGUCCAACUGCGACUCGGUGGAGGACAUCGGGCCGCUCAACUUCCAGAACACCAUCAGGGGGCGCCAGCGAAGGACCUCCAACUUUCUCGAGUUGCCAGUGGUGGAGCACUCCCGGCCGCGAGUCUGCUCUCUCCCCGAGAAGCCGUACAACCCGCGUGCGUCCGACGACCUGUACCGCCUGCGCACCUUCAGCAUCACCACCAAGGGGGGCGUGGUCAACUGUGGAGACAGCAUCUGUAAUAGACGCAGCCGGUCGAAUACCUCGGUUAAUUCGACCAAUAGCAGGGCGUCAGACAGGUCUCCGUUCGACGGGUCCUGCUGCUCUGGCUACCGGCCCGUGGACUCUGCCAGCCUCACAACGCCUGAUGAUGAUGACAUGGAGCCCGACCCUAUCACAAAGUACCGUGUGGUGCUGCUGGGUGACGCUGGUGUCGGCAAGACGGCCCUGGUCUCUCAGUUCAUGACGUCAGAGUACAUGAACACCUAUGACGCGAGCCUCGACGAUGAGUUUGGCGAGAAGUCAGUGUCAGUUCUCCUGGAUGGAGAGGAGUCCGAGCUCAUCUUCAUCGACCACCCCAGCACCGAGAUGUCUGUAGAAAACUGCAUGUCCACAUACGAGCCCCACGCCUGCGUGGUCGUCUACUCCGUGGUGGCUCGAGGCUCCUUUACCAGGGCCGCAGAGCUUCUAGCAUACCUCGCGAGGGAACAGUUCACGGUCGAGCGGUCCGUCCUGCUGGUCGGGAACAAGGCCGACUUGGCCAGAGCGAGACAGGUGUCUAUUAACGAGGGCAAGGCGCUGGCCACGACGCGCGACAGCAAGUUCAUCGAGACGUCGUCCGGCAUCCAGCACAACGUGGACGAGCUGCUCGUGGGCAUCCUCAAGCAGAUCCGCCUCAAGGAGAGCCGCGACAAGAAGGCUGCUAAGAAGGAGGCGAAACCCCCGAAGCUGUCGAGUUCCAGAACGCACAUAUCACUGAACAUCGCGAGAGAACUGCUGCAGAAGAUCUGCAUCAACGACAUAUCCAAGUCGAAGUCCUGCGAGAAUCUGCACGUCCUCUAAACUCAUGGGCUCCUGGUACUUUUCUGAUUUAUUGUUUAGUAUUAAGGGUCGAAUUUUGUCAGUGUUACUUCCGCAGGCCGGACUCUGUGACCAACAUACUGACAAUCUGUCGUCCAGAAAUAUAUUUUUUUGUUAAUCUUUACCUAAAAUAUGUACAAGGUCAUUUUAAAAACAAUUAUUUUCAAGAUUUAGGGCCUAUACAUACUGAUAAAAUUUAAUAUAUAUACUAACAAUAU